AUGUCUGCCCCUCCUUUUAAGCUCCCCACUCAGCCAUUCCUCACUGAACUUUUCCAGUGCUGGCAGGAAACUCCCAAGAAGAUUUUAGUUCGUGAUUUGUCGGGGUCCUGCCCAGAAGCGACGCUGGAAAGAUUCCUGUAUGAUGUCGUGACCCUUCGGAUUCGAUUCUGGGGUAUUCUUGAUGAGCAUGCCCGGCAGGCUCUACGCGAUCCCAAUGCAGACGAUGUCUAUAUCGCGAUUCUGGCGACUCCGGGAUACGAGUAUACAGUGCUUUGCUACAGCAUCUACAGUCUUGGGGCGGUGAUCGUACCUCUCUCACCCGGGGUUCUUGUAGAAGAGGCCAAGUACUUCCUUGAGCUCUGCAAUGCGACCCUCCUCACAGCAGGGAUAGCGGAUAUCCAACACGCCCAAGCUAUAUCCGACCAGGUCGGCGUCCAGUGUUUCACAUUUGACCCUAUGCAAUGCCUCUUGAAAGAGGAUCCGACAUUCGUCCUGGAGUCAGAGGGCCCAUGGGAGUCCUUUAGUAUGGAGAAAGGAUUCAUCCUAUUGUACACCUCGGGUACCACGGGCCCACCUAAGGGCGUCCUUCAUUCGCGCCGAGGUGCCGUCGCGGGUUUCCGAUCUCUGAUGAGCCACAUGGGCAUGUCGCCCCAAGAUACAUGGCUCUUGCAUUCUCCGGUACACUGGAUGGGUGGGGUCUGGCAACUUUUCAUCACCGUGUCAGCUGGAGCAUGCGUGGAGUUUUGUAGUAGAGUCUUCAACCCGAAUUGGUUGAUGGAGCGCUUGUCGGUGAGCGACUUGUCAUGCAUGGUUAUGACCCCGAUUCUGCUCGAUACAAUGAAGCAGAAGCUACAUGCGGCUCAGAACGCAUGGCCGUCGUCCAGGUAUGAGGCCGUAAUGGCUGGUCUUCGUGGGCUUCGCAUCUUAGCCACGGGCUCUAUGCCUGUCGGCCCAGUUCGACAGGCUGUUUGGAAGAAUUUCCGUGGGGGAAAGCCAAUUGUGGAACUUUACGGGAUGACUGAAGAGCUCGCAAUGGUCGCCAGGUCUUCAUGGGAGCCAGAUGAUGGUACACCCCUGGGGUCCUGUGGGAAGCCAUCAGAGCUGGUGACGUUGAAGAUAAAUGACGAAGGGGAGCUCCUUAUAAAAAGCCCGGCCCUUUUCACGAAGUACCUAUCGCCUAAUCCUGAAAUAAUGAAGGGGGUUUUUGACAGCAACGGCUUCUACAAAACGGGAGAUCUCGCGCGGCUGGAAGGAGGCUAUAUGUUUAUCCACGGUCGCGCAUCUCAGGAUGUUAUUCGCUUCAGUGGAUGGAAGAUAUUUGCCCCGGAGGUCGAGGAGGCGCUCUCCAGCCAUCCAUCCGUGUCCCAGGCGAUCAUUCUGGGUGUCUCUGAUCCCCACACCGGACAAAGAGUUGCAGCAUUGAUCGUUCCCAAGACAGGCAACGCCACUAGUAACGCAUUAGAUUUGGCGGCCAUCCGAAGAUGGCUUUCUCGAGAACGAGGAAUCCUCGAAUACAAACUGCCCACGGUCCUGCGUGUGCUUGACCCGACGCAGAAAUAUCCAGUGACCUCGAGUGGGAAACCCAUCAAGCCACGGAUCCGAGAGGAACUGUUUGAGGCAGAGCUGAUCCAUAACUGCCUCGAGGUGUGGGAUCUAGCUGUGAAGGAGCCUGGCAUGGCUGCGCGGCCGUUCAACUGGGCUGGGAUCUAA